AUGGCAAGUCAUGAAGAUAGGAACAAUAACUAUGGAGACAAAACCCACAAGAAGCCAGGCGGAUGGAAGGCCGUGCCUUAUAUUCUAGGGAAUGAAGUGUUCGCGACCUUGGCAGUGAAUGGGAUGUUUGCGAACUUUCUGGUGUAUCUGACGGGAGAACUUCACAUAGACACAGUUUAUGCUGCAAAUAUUAUGAGCAUUUGGUCUGGUCUCUGCAACUUCGGCCCUCUUAUUGGCGCCUUCAUUUCUGAUGCAUACGUCGGUCGCUUCAACACCAUUGCUUUUGCUUCCAUCCCCAAUCUUCUGGGAAUGAUGGUUGUGACACUAACAGCAUGGUUACCAGAAUUGCACCCUCUACCAUGUACACCACAACAACUAGCACAGGACCUAUGUGAGAAACCCAAAAAGACUCAUCUUCUUGUUCUCCUUCUGGGGUUUCUCUUAUUGUCCAUUGGCUCUUCUGGUAUAAAGCCUUGUAGUCUCCCGUUUGGCAUCAACCAGUUCGAUGCAUCGACAGAAGAAGGAAGGAGAGGGAUCAACAGUUUCUUCAAUUGGAGGUACACUAUAACGAAUUUGAUAUAUUUGGUAACUCAAACUGUAGUGAUGUAUAUUCAAGACUCUGUGAGUUGGACUCUGGGUUUUGGGAUCCCUACUUUGUGUACGUUGUUGGCUUUGGUGUUUUUCUUCGUUGGUUCGAGGAUUUAUGUGCAUGUGGAGCCAGAUGGAAGUAUAUUGUCUGGAGUUGCUCAAGUUCUUGUUGCUGCUUAUAGAAAGAGAAAAGUUGAGCUUCCUUAUGAUGAAGAUGAAGAUAAAGAUAAAGAUGGAGUAGCCUUCUAUGAUCCUCCUUUAAAAAAGGGCACUAGCGUCAUGACAAAGCUACCUCUGACCAACCAAUUCAGGGUAUUAAACAAAGCUGCUAUAAUAAUGGAAGGAGAGUUAAACCCAGAUCGAAGCAAAGCAAAUCCAUGGAGACUAGCUAGCAUCCAACAAGUAGAAGAAGUGAAAUGUUUCGUUCGAAUCUUGCCGAUCUGGACAACUAAUAUCCCCACCCUAACCUCCAUAAUACUUCUAGGAAUAUUCACAAUCUCACAAGCCCUAAAAAUGGACAGACACCUCGGACCCAGCUUCCAAAUCCCCGCAGGUUCUUUCUCAGUCUUCUCCUUCCUCACCAUAGUCCUUCGGGUCCCACUCUACGACCGUGUCCUCGUACCAGCACUUAGAAAAACUACGCACCAUGAAGGAGGCAUAACGUUGCUUCAACGAAUGGGAAUCGGUUUAGUAUUCUGUGUUGUGUCCAUGGUGGGAGCCGGGUUCGUGGAACAAGCCCGAAGGGGUUCGACUAACUCAAAACCUAACAGGCUCGUGAUCGCGCCAAUGUCGGCCAUGUGGCUCGCCGUGCCGUUGAUCCUAAUGGGUAUGUGUAAGGCAUUUUAUAUUAUUGGAAAUGUUGAGUUUUUAAACAGACAAUGCCCAGAACACAUGAGGAGUAUUUCGAAUUCGUUGUUGUAUUGUUCUUGGGGUGUGGCAAGUUAUGUGAGCACCUUCAUUAUGACGAUGGUUAAUCAUCGGACGAAUUGGCUAACGAACGAUUUGAAUGUUGGGAGAUUGGAAUACUUCUACUAUCUCAUUGCUGGGCUUGGAGCUUUUAAUUUGGGUUUCUUCUUCUUCGUUGCUGUGAGGUAUCAGUACAUAAAUUUUAAGGUUCAAGAUGAUGAUGAUGGUGAUGGUGAUGUUGAGUUAGCUGAAACCAAAGCUUCUGUAUGA